AUGAGUGCUCAAUUAAGGAUAUUUAGCUGCACAGGCAAAAUCAGCAAAAUACCAAAGAAAUCAUUCUACAAAUGCUACAAUUUAAGGCAAAUUAAAUUUUAUUCAGAAGAUUUGAUAAUAGAAAACGAAGCAUUCUCGUAUUGCAAUCAAUUAUAUCAAUUUCGAUGCCCGUGUCAAACAACAGCUGUUUUAGAUUAUGCUUUCUCUAACUGUGUAAAUUUAUAUGAUUUUAUUCUUGGAAAAUUGACAAAAAUUGGAGAUUUUGCAUUUACAAAUUCUUCUGUUUCUCAAGUCUAUAUUGUCAAUGUUUCUGAUAUCGGCCAGAAUGCAUUCCAAGGCUGCAACAUGCUCAAUGUUAUUGCAAUUGAAAAUAAAAUUGUUGAUGUCAAAUCCGACGAUUAUUUUACAUUCAAAAAUUUGACAUCAUUUAUAUUGAAUGGCAAUGAUGUCACCAUUAAUGAUAACUCAUUAUAUAAUUGUACAACAGUCGAAUCAGUUACAAUCAACAGCCAAAAUCUGAAAAUUGGAAAAUCAUCUUUUUCUUUUUGUUCAAAUUUGAAUGAAAUUUCGUUGAAUUCGAACCAAAUCGAUCUGGGAAUGAGCUCUUUCAGUGAUUGCAUUAAUGCUAAAUCAUUGACAAUAAAUGGUAUCGCUUCAUUAAACGAAAACGUUUUUAUGAAUUGUAAAUCUCUCAAAUUUACAAAAUUUGACACAAAUUCAAAUAAUUUGCCAAAUAAUUUGUUUAUGAAUUGUGACAAAAUAGAGACGAUUUUAAUCAAUGGAUUGAUAACAAGUAUAGGUGAUUCUGCGUUUAAAUCAUGCAGCUCGUUGACAUCUGUUUCAUUUAAAUCAAAAGAAAAACUGACAUUUGGAAUUUCUUCAUUUGAAAACUGUCAAAAAUUGGCAAAAAUUGACCUUCAAAACAUAAAUAUUGAAAUUAAUAAGCAAUCAUUUUAUAAUUGCCAAAAUUUCCAAGACCUUGGCAAUUCCAAUAUAACAAAACUUGGUGAAUUCAGUUUCUUUAACUGCAAAUCAUUAAAAGAAGUUCAAAUUUCAUCGGAAGAAAUUCCACAAAAUUCAUUUGAAAACUGUUUGAAUUUAGAAGAAAUCCAACUUAAUUCAACAACAAUCAUCCAAACAAAUGCAUUCCAUAACUCUGGAAUUAACAAAGUUAUCAUCAGAUCUAAUGACAUCACCAUUAAAUCAAAUGCUUUUUCUCAAUGUUUGAAUCUUAAAUCUUUUCAUGUUUAUGGAAAUAUAACUUCUAUUGAAUCUAAAUCAUUCGAAAAUGAUGCCAAAUUGAAUGAAUUUGUUUAUUGCGGCACCAAAGAAGUUUCAUCUUCUUCGGUUUUCGAUGGUUGCGAGUCAUUAAAAGAGAUAUUUGUUGAUGGAAACUACAAUUCAAACAAGUUUUCAGACAUCAAUGUAAAAGAAAGUGAAAUAUGCGGGAAAAUAGAAGAAGAAGAUGAUGAAAACGAAGAUAAUUCAAAUGAUUCAAGAUCCAAAUCGAAAACAACAAAAAUAAUUGUUUCAGUCGUAGUUGUUUUGAUUUUGAUUGCGGUUGUAAUAGGAAUUGCUUUAUUUAUAAUUAUGAAGAAGAAACAUUCAUCAACUGAAAAAUCUCAAUCAAUUGUUCAAGAAGAAAUUGUAAUAGAUGUUUGA